GGUGCUGACUCCGUGACUCCGCCAUGGCUGAGGCGUCUCGGUGGCACAGAGGAGGUACUUCAAUACAUAAUCUGCAUUACAGAAAGGAAGUACAAAUUACCACCACACUUCAGGAGUUGUUACUGUACUUUAUUUUUUUAAUAAAUCUGUGUAUCUUGACUUUUGGAAUGGUAAACCCACAUAUGUAUUAUUUAAACAAGGUUAUGUCAUCUCUAUUUUUGGAUACUUAUAUACCUGAUGAUGAAAGAACCAACUUUAAAUCUAUUCGAAGCAUAACUGAUUUUUGGAAGUUUAUGGAAGGACCCCUUUUGGAUGGUUUAUACUGGGACUCGUGGUAUAAUAACCAGAAGCUAUAUGAUUUAAAGAACAGCAGUCGCAUCUACUAUGAGAACAUUCUUCUAGGCGUCCCCAGAGUCCGACAAUUAAAAGUUCGCAACAAUACAUGCAAGAUUUAUUCAUCUUUUCAAUCUUUGAUGAGUGAAUGUUAUGAUAAAUAUACUUCUGAAAAUGAAGACCUAUCUGACUUUGGCCUUAGACUUGAUUCUGAAUGGAAGUACUCUACUUCUAAUACCAACUCCCCAUGGCACUGGGGAUUUGUUGGUGUCUAUGGAAAUGGAGGAUAUAUCUUCACUUUAUCAAAAUCAAAAUCUGAAACCAAAAAUAAGUUCAUUGACCUUCGCCUAAACAGCUGGAUUACAAGAGGGACCAGAGUAAUUUUUAUUGAUUUUUCACUAUACAAUGCUAAUGUAAAUCUGUUUUGCAUCAUCAGAUUGGUGGCAGAAUUCCCUGCAACUGGAGGAAUACUUACUUCAUGGCAGUUAUAUUCUGUGAAGCUCCUCAGAUAUGUUAGCUACUAUGAUUAUUUUAUUGCUUCCUGUGAAAUCACAUUUUGUAUUUUUCUUUUUGUUUUCACAACCCAAGAACUUAAAAAAAUGAAAGAAUUUAAGACUGACUAUUUCAAAAGUAUUUGGAACUGGCUAGAAUUACUACUUUUGCUGCUGUGUUUCAUGGCUGUUUCCUUCUACACAUACUGUAAUAUGCAAAUUUUUCUCUUACUUGGACAGUUGUUGAAAAGUACUGAAAAAUAUCCAGACUUCUACUUUCUUGCAUAUUGGCACAUUUACUACAAUAAUAUAAUUGCUAUUACUAUCUUCUUUGCAUGGAUAAAGAUAUUCAAAUUCAUAAGCUUUAAUAAGACCAUGUCUCAGUUGUCAUCAACUUUGUCCCGCUGUAUGAAAGAUAUAGUAGGAUUUGCCAUCAUGUUUUUUAUAAUAUUCUUUGCUUAUGCUCAGUUAGGAUUUCUUGUUUUUGGAUCGCAGGUUGAUGACUUUUCUACUUUUCAAAAUUCCAUAUUUGCACAGUUUCGCAUUGUUCUUGGAGAUUUUAAUUUUGCUGGUAUCCAGCAAGCCAAUCGGAUUUUGGGACCUAUUUACUUCAUCACCUUCAUCUUUUUUGUGUUCUUUGUCCUGCUGAAUAUGUUCUUGGCAAUAAUUAAUGAUACCUAUUCUGAAGUGAAAGCUGAUUACUCAAUAGGUAGAAGGCCAGAUUUUGAGCUUGGUAAAAUGCUUAAAAAGAGUUAUCAGAAUGCUCUUGAGAAACUCAAACUGAGGAAGUCUCAAAAAAAUGAAGAUAAGAACAUUGGAGAUUUGGCUGAACAACCUAGAAGAGAAAACUUCGACGAAAAUGAGAUUCAAAGGGCAGAGCAAAUGAAAAAGUGGAAAGAGAGACUUGAAAAAAAGUAUUAUUCUACAGAAACUCAAGAUGACUACCAGCCUGUCACUCAGCAAGAAUUUAGAGAACUCUUUUUAUAUACUGUGGAGCUGGAGAAAGAAUUACACUACAUCAAUUCAAAACUUAACGGAGUGAUGAGAAAGCUUUCUGCUCUACAAUACUAACACAGUGGAGUCAUUCUGUAAGAAAAAAGGCAACCGAAGAACUCAGCAUGAAGAUUUUCCUCUCAAUAUUCUUCAGUAAUGG